AUGGAGCUGACUUACUCGCCCGUGCUUGGUGGAGAUCUGAUGCCCGGCAUCUCUUUCGUCAUGCUUUUUAAAGUGUUUUGUCAGUUCUUCGGGUGUAAAAAUGAGCUCGGCGUGCGCUGGGAUGGUGCCUGUGACAAGCAGGGGUUUGGUGUCCCUUGGCGUCACUCGGAACGAUGGCGUGCGCUCAGCAGUUUGUUUGCAAGAGGUUAUGGCACCUGGAACACUGGGGCCACCAACACUCCAGGUACAUACGCAACGAAUGCGACGAGUUGGCAAGGUUAUGAAGGUUACGACUAUUACAACACCCAAACCACCGCCGCUAAUACAGCGGCCACGUACAACUACGCCGCAGCUGCUGCCACCUCCAGCAGCUGGGAAACACCCAAAACUUCGGAUAUGAGCAUGAACGCCGACGUCAACGCCGCCAUGCCCGUCGCCUCGUACGGCGCCGAGACUUCGGCGAACGAGAACUCGGAUUCCAUCAUAGCCAAGAUCAACCAGCGUUUGGACAUGCUGUCGAAGGAGGGCAGUGGUGGGACAGGGGAGGGGAUGGAAGAUCAGGAGAGCUCUUUCAGAUUUGAGUCUUUCGAAUCGUACGACUCGAGGUCUUCAAUGAACGACCGCGACGUGUACCGAUCCGGCUACGAUUACGGAGAAGUCGGAACCGAUCGCAACGAUUCCUUCGGGAGCCAGUUCGAUAACCGCAGGGAUCAAUCUCGCAACCGAGGAAACAACUACGGCCUCAUCCGAGGACGGGGUCAAAACCGCGUUCAAAAUCGCGGGCGUCUAAACGCUUUCAACCGCACCGACCACUUCAUGCCCUCCUCCAGCUCCGAGCGCCUCUCGGCUCGUUGGAACGAGUUGAACUACAUGGGUGGGCGCGGGAUGGGGGGUGCCGGAUCCAACAGGCUCCCUUCCCUCUUUUCCCAAGCCCUCGUUCCCGACUACGGCGACUACGGAGACUACGGAGAUUACGGCGACUACGGCGACUAUGGGGAUUACGGUGAUUAUGGCGACUACGGAGAUUAUGGUGACUACGGAGACUAUGACUAUGGCAUGAUGGGGAUGUCGGGCAUGGGAAUGGGACGGUAUGGGAAUAUGCCGUAUGGAAUGGGGAGGCAACGAAACAGAGACAGGAUGGGUACGGUGCCCUGGCACAUGAACGCACUCAUGCCCAAGAGAAGAGGUUUCCGAAACCGUUCAGGAGGGCGAUCGGACGGCGAGGGAGGAGGACGCAAGCGAAAACAGUCACAAAGCGGAGAUGAGCCGGACAGCAAACAGGCGAAGACCGACAGCGAAGGAGACGACACCGAGAACGCAGAUGAGGGCGAAGGAGAGGAAAAAUCAGGAGAUGAAGCUGACAAAGCAUCUGGAGAUGGCUGUGAAGACGACGACGAGGAGGUGAAAAAGAAGAGGGAGAAGCAGCGGAGAAGGGAUCGGAUGCGUGAUCGUGCUAUGGACAGAAUCCAGUUUGCCUGUUCCGUCUGCAAGUUCCGCAGUUUUGAGGAAGAGGAGAUCCAGAAACACCUCCAGAGCAAGUUUCACAAGGAGACCUUGCGCUACAUCGGCACCAAACUCCCGGAUAAAACGGUCGAGUUCCUGCAGGAGUACAUCGUCAACAGGAAUAAGAAAAUCGAGAAGCGACGCCAGGAGCUGACCGAGAAAGAGGGCACAAAACAGAAGCCGGAUCCUUUUAAGGGUAUUGGCCAGGAACACUUCUUCAAGAAGAUCGAGGCGGCUCACUGCAUGGCGUGCGACAUGUUGAUUCCCGCGCAGAACCACCUUCUCCAGAGGCACCUGCGAUCUGCCGAUCACAACAGAAACCGCAGGAUGGCUGCGGAGCAAUUCAAGAAAACCAGCUUACACGUCGCCAAGAGCGUCCUGAAUAAUAAACACAUCGUAAAGAUGCUGGAAAAAUACCUCAAGGGAGAAGAUCCCUUUACGGAUGAAAUCGCGGAUCAGGAUGUGGACGAAGCUUUGGAGGGCGGAGACGGCGCCGGGGAAGGAGCGACCGAAACCGCCGCCGUCGAGGUCUUCCUCCCCGUUUCUGGCCGCUACGGACACAGCAAGGAGGCGAUCCGACGGGCACAGCUCUUCUUCCGCGGUCUCCUGGUGGGUUGUAGGGACUCGACGCUGUGGUCGGAGGUUUUUGGAGUCAGCCUUGGCUUAACCCUGCGGUCGCUCGUCCCGCGGGAAGGACUCGGCACGGAGGCCGUUUUCCUGGGACUAUCCUCAACGCAAAAUGCCUUUUUGUGGAAUAUUUGUGCUGUGCCCAUCCUCCCUUGA